AUGGCUGAUAUCCUGAAGGGAGUGAAAUUGCAGAAGAAAGACGGCAGCAGCGCAAAUGCCGAAGAUGUGCUGAAGGACAAGGUGGUAGGACUAUACUUCUCAGCUCAUUGGUGUCCACCAUGCCGUCAGUUCACUCCUGUUCUGAAGGAUUUCCAUGACGAACUUGUAGAUAGUGGAGAGUUUGAAAUUGUGUUCGUUUCGUUUGAUAGAAGUGAGGCUGACUUGAAAAAGUAUUUGGAAGAAGCUCACGGCGACUGGUAUCACAUUCCUUUCGGAUCUCCGAAAAUUCAGUGA